UGCCCCGACAGCCUUUGGCUGUCGGGGCAUGAUGGGAGUUGUAGUUUUGCAACAGCUGGAGAGCCACCAGUUGGAUAACUCUGCGUUUGUGCAUAAACUACAAUAUAUUUUACCCUGCUACUUCUAUAGACAUUUCCCAGUCUCUUGACUGUAAUGGCGGAGCUUAUUGGCCAACAGAGGGCGCUAGCUGCAUAUGUGUGUAUACUGCUACCAAUGACUUCAAUAAAAGCUGUGUAGGAGAGUAGGUGGUGAGCGCCACCUAGAGAAUACAAGUUCUAUUACAAAGGAUCUGCAUUACCGUCAUUGAAGUGCUGUGAAAGCGUGAAACAGUCUGUCCCGGUCUGGCCCCUCGCCUCCACCACUGCACCCGCCUGCCACAAUCGGAAUGCCUGAAUAAAGCUAUGUUGUAUGGGAUCUGAUCUUUACUCUCCUGAACUUGUGUGGAGUUUGCAGGGUACAAUUGACAGUGGCAGCUGGUGCGGUGCCUGCAACACACUGGACAGGAGGGCACUGCAGACAGCCCAGCAUUCACCGCCCUGAGACUAUCUACACUACAAGGAUGCCCCUGGAGCUUGCAAAUCUCCAAAAGAUAUAUCUUGUUGGGAUGGGUAAUGAAGCGGAGUAGAUCACGGGAUAGAAAAUCGAUACAAUCGCAACCUGCCAGAAACAUCACCUUUUUUGAUUUUUUUAUAUUUUUGAUGACUUUGGAGAAAUCUCCUGAUUUACAUGCGUUUUUACUACCAUGAGUCAGCAGCCUCAGCAGAAGGCUUCGAAUAAAAGGACCGGAAAAAGGAUAACGUUCUUUAGUGAACCGCAAGGCCACCCUGUCACUAGUAAAGAGCAGCAAUUGAAAGAGCAACAGUUAUACGGGACUGUGUCACGGUUGCCAAUCUCCCAGGCUUCUGAAUUGACCAAAUCGAAUACGUAUUCUGCUGCCUCUAACAAUAUGCUGAACGCAGUCAUAUACACUCAAGAGAGACCUGAUGGCAUGAGGAUUAACCAGCAGCCAGCUCCCGGAAACUGGAAUGUCGGAGAUCGGAAUGAGGCGGCAUGGGCUGCUCAACAAGCCAAUAUGUGGCAGAGAAAUGCCUCGGGUUAUCCUAUGCAAAUGAUGCCCACAUAUUAUAACCAUCAUGAAAAUGUCAAGCGAAGCCAAGACAAGGGAGUAGGAGUGUCCCAGAUAGAGAUGUAUGGAGAUGCUCUACAACAGAUGAUGACUCAAAAGACACAGUUGGGCCAACAUCAGCUCGCUCAGCAGCAGGCGCGCCUAAACUCCAUAUUGCAAGCUCAACAACAACAACAACAGCAGCAACAACAGCAACAGCAUCAGCAAAAUCAGCAUCUGGCUUUGCAGUCUUUCCAAAUGGCCUUUGGACAUCAGGGUCAGAAACCCUCUCUGCAAAACCUGUUCCACGUUUUUCCAGAUGCUCAGUCAAAUGCUGCUUACGCUGCUCAGCAGAAACAACAGACUGCUCUUCCUAAGAUGCAACUUUUUGAGAAUUUUUACCCAUCACAGCAGCAGCAACAGGCAGCCUAUGCCAUGCAGCAGGGUAUUCCACUAAACCAGCACGCAGCUCCCCAACAGAAAGGGUCAGCGAUGAACCAACCACAACGUGUCACAUCUGAGGAAUAUAUGAAAGCUCUUGCAGAGCACGGUCAGCAAGCUGUCCUGCCCAAAGCUCAAAUACCUUUGCCACGCAGGUCCCGAAGACUUUCCAAAGAAGGACCUGAACCUUUACCUCCCACGGAGGUUGGACAAUCAAAUAACCCUUACACACAGCAUCAAUAUGAGCAGGAUCUGCAACAUCAGUUAGCGGCUCAGGAGAGGUACAAGCAGCUUGUAUCAAGGGAUGUACAAGAAACCCAGCAUGGCGUCCGCCAUGAAACAGACAGUGCACCGCUACCUCACAAUGGUAGAACAAGAGAGGUCCAGGCAGCAGAACAAAACUCAAUGGGGCCAAUACAGCCAACUGGAGCAGGAGGUGUGACGGUGAUCCAGUCAACCCGGCGAAGGCGCCGGAUAUCGCAGGAAGCCAAUUUAUUUACCUUAGCCCAAAAAGCUGCAGAAAUGCCAAAUCUUGAAAACACUAAGGAUAGUGAGACGAAUGAGACAAAAGAGAAGAAUGAGACAUCGAAAAGCAAUGUAGAACUUGCUGGCGCGUCAUCUCCUAAGAAGUCCAGAGGGGAGGGAGACUUAAAACCCCUGGUUAUGCCAGUAUCGGUACCGGUGAAGAUGGAGACUGGACGAGAAAAGGGAGAGGAUGAAAGGACUCACAGGGCAGCAACAUCUGAAAGACCGCCAUCUGCAUCAAUGCCAUCUGUUAUAGUGACACGUCACAGGGUUGGUCAUAUGGGCAUCUCAGAACCUGCAGUACAGAACAGCGAUACCUCUUCUUCGUCAGACACAGCUUCCAGAAAGCCCAAGCAACGGCCAAGGCCAGAACCAUUGUUCAUCCCCCCCAAGCCUGGCACAUUUGUUGUUCCAGUUUACACCAACAUAACUCCUUAUCAAAGCCACCUCCGCUCUCCUGUUCGAGUCCCAGAUCAUCCUUGUGACAAAAACUUUGAGUUGCCUCCCUACACGCCGCCUCCAAUCCUCAGCCCUGUGCGUGAGGGGUCUGGACUUUACUUCAAUGCCAUCUUAUCUGCAAGCACACAUUCAAUGCCUCCGCCAAUAACCCCAAAAAGUAGCACGAGAACCCUGCUGAGAUCUAAUAGUGGAGAGGACAUGCCGCCUUUACUUACAGCUGAAGCGACGCCAGUGAGUCUUGAACCGCGUAUAAACAUUGGUGCACGUUUCCAGGCAGAGAUUCCUGAUUUAAGAGAGAGAAGUUUGGCAGCCGCUGACAAGUACAAAGCGGAUUUGGUCUGGUGUCCCUGGGAUGAUUUGGAUAAUAAGCAAGUAGUCGAGGAGUUGCUGACGGCAGCCUGUUCCAGUAUAUUACCAGGUGGAGGCACCAAUCAGGAGCUGGCACUUCACUAUCUUCAUGAAUCCAACGGAAACAUUAUUGCCACACUUACUAAGCUGCUAUUAAAGAAACCAAAAAGGCACAAAGGCCAUCCGUUGGGAAACUAUCAUUACUCUGGAUCAGACAGGUGGUCUUUAAAUGAGAAGAGACUUUUCAACAAGGGAAUGGCCAUCUACAAAAAAGACUUUCUGCUGGUCCAGAAACUGAUUAAAACAAAAACUGUGGCUCAAUGUGUAGAGUUUUACUACACCUAUAAGAAACAGGUGAAGAUCGGACGCAAUGGCAUGUUAAUCUUCGGAGAUGUAGAGGCCGCAGCAGAUGAGAUAAACCCCAGAGAAGACUCGGAGCUUGAUAUUAAGAGUUCUCAACGUCUUGCGUCAGGUAUUCCUCCUCAACACACAGAAGGAAAUGAUGCAGAAACGGAGAAUAAUGUACACGCUGCAAUGGAAGAGGAGGACGAAUUGAGGAAGGCAUUUUCCCAAACAAAAGUUACACAAACUUUACAAGCCAGUGAAAUAUCAAAUGACACACUCAUCUUAAGAAAUCAAGACCCAGACACGUCGUUGACAGUAAAGACUCCCAAACCACGGGGGCGAAGACCACGGGCGAAUAUUCCUGCAGAUGAUGUAAAAAAACUUGAGAUUACAAACAAGGCUCCAGACCAAGAGGAAACGUUCCCAUGUAAAAAAUGUGGCAGGGUCUUCUAUAAAGUGAAAAGCCGCAGCGCACACAUGAAGAGCCAUGCAGAGCAGGAAAAGAAAGCAGCAGCCCGGAAGCAGAAUGAAGAGGCAGCUGCAGCAGCGGCCGCCGCCAGAGCGGCUUUACAUGCACAAUCCCGUCGGCAGCUGGAGAGCAGUGACAGUGGAAGCAGCAGUGACAGCAUGACUAGCAGCAGCAGUGAGAGCUGCGACAGUUCGGAUGAUGGGGAGAUAUAACUGGAGCACUCCGCUGGCGCAGUGAGGCUGGAACCUCGCUUCAUUCCCUUCACUUUUUUUUUUUUUGUAAUUGAAUGCUUGCAUUUUCUGCAAGAAUCACAUUGAUGAACAGUUUCAAGUGGACUCGGGACUUUUUAUCUACUUAAAUUAACUAUUUAUUUGGUAUACGAUCUACCAUGUAUCACAUGUUUUGGAAAGUAAACCUGUUUUCUAUCCUACCCUUGUGCCUGUAAAGACAAAUUCCAUAAAAAAAAAAAAAAAAAGAGAAAAAAAAAAUCUGCAAGCCAACACUUCUUUCCUUUUUAAAAGCUGCAAAAAAAAGGAGGCUUCCUAAAAAAACAUUUCUGUAUUGGACCUUGCUUGGUAUCAGGUCACUGUGGAAAGUGCAUUUUAUUCAGUUUGUAUUUUUAUUUAGUAGCAUUCACUGUAUUGCAAUGUAGAAUUUUGCACAAACCCCCAUGAUCAUCAGUACUGAAACUUGUCUAUCCUUGCCAUAUAACAAAAGGGCUACACGGACAACAGUGUGAGUGCAACAUUGUUGUUUGCCACAUUGGCCUUUAAGCCAGUGGUGCCCAAACUGUGGCCCUCCAGA